AUGCAGGAAUCCUUUUUGAAUCCAACGAAUCAUGUUCCUUUCCUUGAAGAAAUGAAACAAGCAUAUGCUCGCAGGAAUGGUUCCAUUUUAGAUACGGUGUCAGAGCUGCCGGCUACAUCUCUUAUGGAGUUCAUGGUUGGGAGGAACGCUUGUAGGCGCCUGCGGGGAUCCGGUCUCAUGAAGGAAGUCUACCAUAUAGUACAAAAAAUAAAGGAGAACCAUAAGCAACUGGAUGCGAGUAUCACAGCGAAACGAUGUUUUCCGAAGUUCACAAGUUCUGAGGAAAUUGUAGUAGAGAACUAUGCUCUGAGACAACCUGCUCUUAUUUCGUUUAUGAAUGGAGUUCUCAAUUAUGUGGUUCCUAAAGAACUGCUUUCAGCGCAACAGCGCACUGAUCUGAUCAAGUUCAUCGCCGAUCGUCUUGUAGUAUGGCGCAGCGGUACACGUCUCUUGGCCGAGAAUGAAACUUAUCCCCCCAUUGAAUAUGCUGUGAUAGAAAAAGAGGUCAAGCUGCAUCUCAUGAAGUUAUGGGCCUAUUGCGACAAUGACAAGUACCUUACUCAGGCGGUGCUUGAUGGCAUCUCUGCUAAUUUGACUCAUUUCUUUGCCCUCUAUGCCCUGCAUUCUCUUAGGACUCAGACAAAGAUUGGCAUGCGUGAUGAUAUCGCUAGCUUCUACUAUAUCCAUACGUACAAUGAGAUCAAGCGACAUAUCCCUGUGAAAAGCGAACCCGGGAAGACACGGAGUUUUAGCAUGUCUGGAGAUGAUUCGGAAACGUUCACUACUAUGCCUCCAAUUAAGUCGGAAACUCCCGUAAAUCACACUCCAGCAGAUUCCAAGGGAACAGCCGCCUCUACCUCGAAUUCUGCGUGUACCAAAGAAGCAGCGCUUUGGUAUCCGCAUGACGAACAGCUCAUUGAAUGGAGCAUCAAGCAGCACUGCCAACGGCGAAACGGCUUCACCGUCUACGAAGCGAAUGAAGAUGGAACCGGAUUGCUGGACAAGGGCAUGACUGGUCUAAGGUACCUGAAAUUUCCACGCGAUCGACCGCCAGAUGACAUUCCAGUCUACGAUUACACGAAAGUGAAACGGGAAAAACUUGAUCCCAUAUCUUCACAGACUGAAACGGAGUCGCAAAUAUCGAACGAUUCUUCAUCAAAUCAUCUAUCUGCUGUGGAUGAAUGGGAAGAUGUACUGAAGAGUGUUCUUGCCGACCAAUCAAUUCCUGAAGGGUACAAGAUGGCGUUCAGGUUGGUAAUCCGCUUUCUGUUACCGUUGCCUCCCAAAUUAUAA